AUGUCAGUCUUGAUUAUCGGGUUUCUGUCGUUUUUCGCCAUUUACGUGGCGCAUUUCUAUUGGAAAGUCAGGAAAUAUCCGAAAGGACCACUUCCGUUGCCAGUUUUCGGGAAUCUUCUUCAAUUUCCGUCAAGUAAUAUCCAUCAGUGGUUCGAUGAACUUUCGAAGACCUACGGACCUUGCUACACAAUCUGGUCGCCACUUCCGAAUGUGGUGCUCACCGAUUAUGAGCACGUGAAAAACGCGAUGGUCACUCAAGGUACUGUGAUACUUCAGAUCAUUUUUCAAUGCUUUCCUCUUCCAGCUGACACUUUCAUCUACCGCUCGCAUCGUCCACCAGAGACUCUUUUGCAGAAACACGAGAACACGGGCGUUUUGUUCUCCGACGGAGACGAGUGGAAGAUGCAAAGAAGAACGUCACUGAAGAUCCUUCGUGACUUUGGUCUUGGUCGCAAUCUGAUGGAAGAGCAAGUGCUCCGAUCCGUUCAGGAACUGCUGACUCAACUCAAAACUUUGGAUCAACAGAAGGACGUGGACCUUUUCUGGCCUAUUCAGUUAUGCGUUGGCAAUGUGAUCAACGAAUCGCUUUUCGGAUUCCACUACAAUUAUACGGCGAUGGAGAAGUUUCAGAACUUUGUGAGAGUUGUCGACAAACAUCUUAAAGCGGGACAGGGCCGAUGCGCUCUGCUGAUAGCCGCAUUUCCGUGGAUGAAGUAUCUGCCAGUUAUCGGCGAAAUCGGAUAUCAUAGCUUGAAGAGAAACAUUUCAGAAGUGAGUGCUCGAUUGUUGUUCUUAUUUCCAAGAUGCAUUGUUUACAGUAUCUCGACUUUAUCGAAGAAGAGGUCGAUGCUCAGAUGAAGGUGUACGAUGAGGACGCAGAGCCCGAGAACUUUGUGCACGCUUACCUGCAACAGACGAAAAAGUCGGAAAUGUCCGGAUUGAAGUACGAUACUAAACUCGUUUUAUUCAGUUCACAAAGCACAUUUCAGCAUGAAAAAUCUGGUGGCUUGCGUGUUGGACUUCUGGCUGGCGGGAAUGGAAACCACGUCAAACUCGCUCCGCUGGCACAUUGCCUACAUGAUGAAGUACCCGGAACUACAAGCGAAAGUUCGGAAGGAGAUCAUGGAUAAUAUUGGCACAGCGAGACUUCCCUCGAUGGCUGACAAGGCUAACAUGCCCUUCACGCAGGCGGUCAUUCAUGAAGUUCAACGGCAUUCCAACAUGAUUCCAAUGCUGGCUUCGCACAUUUGUAAGUGAUCUAUGAGGUACACACACGUAAAUCCACACGUAAAUGCUUCAGGCAAAGAAGAAACUACGAUUCUGGGUCAGAAAAUCCCCGCUGACACUAACAUCUAUCCCCAAAUUUGGUCAAUCAUGCGCAAUGACAAAGCGUUCGAUUCAUCUUUGAGUUUCCACCCGGACAGGUACCUGAACGCCGAUGGAAAAACCUUCAACAAAGUGAGAAUUGUAUGAAAUAUUCGAAAAUAUGACAUCGAUUUACAGGCGGUACUUGAGAAAACGAUUCCGUUCUCUGUUGGCAAGAGGAAUUGUGUCGGCGAGGGUCUCGCACGCAUGGAAUUGUUCUUGAUUUUCACUGCUUUGCUGCAAAAGUACGAGUUUGUACCGACUUCGGAAAUUGAUCUUGAGCCUGUUUGGGGUGGAGUGCUCACUGUGAAACCUUAUACGUGUAGACUUAUUCCUCAGUAUUGA